AUGAAGGCAGUAUUUGGUCAGAAAAAGGCUGAAAAUGUUACACACGACACACACACAAACAUGGAAAUAACGCAAGAUGAUGCAUUAACUGCUAACCUUGGUGUUAUAGGAAGAAAUUCUACUGACCUUGGACCUGUUGGUGACAACUUUAGUGCAUUAACUGCUAAUUCUGGUGAAGUUCGUGAUCAGUUAUAUAAUUUUCAGAUGCUUGAGGUAGCUCACCACAAACUUCCGCAACCUAAGGACUCAGAACGUCCCAGGGCCUAUACUCCUAAACAUCCUACGAUAACUCCUCCUAGUUUUCCUAAAGUUCAGGACCCUAUUGUUUAUAAUCCAGCCUUUUGGGAGAAAGUGGGUCUAGAACCAUAUUAUUUUGAUACCCUGUUCUUUGCAUUUUACUAUCAACAGAACACUUACCAACAAUAUGUGGCUGCAAAAGAGCUAAAGAAACAGUCUUGGAGAUAUCACCGCAAAUAUAACGCAUGGUUUCAACGGCAUAAAAUGCCAAAAGUUGCAACAGAUGAAUAUGAGCAUGGAACAUAUGUGUACUUCGAUUUCCGUAUAGCAAAUGAUGACAAACAACAUGGGUGGUGUUAUAGCAUCAUGACUGACUUCACUUUGAAUUAUAAUUACCUUGAAGAUGAGCCUAUUGUCUAGAAGAUGCCCGCUUCAUGUUCUGAUUAGUGUUUGUAUAUCGAUAAACUACAUUUGCCCUCCAAAGUAGGAAAAAUAUAUUUUGUAAAAGAGAACAGCGAAGAAUGUUGAAUAACAUGACAUG